AUGUCCGUCGCCUGCAUGUCGGCCAGAUAUUCUGCGAGGCCCUUUUUGGGCCAAGGCUUGAGGACCCAACUCGUGCCGUCUGCCACCCGUGCUGUUCGGAGCUUCUCGGCAACGACCGCUCGACGGAGCGGCACCCGAACCAACACCGACGGUUCAGUCAACACCGCGCAAGGAGGCUGGAGCGGAAAGUCGGUGUUGGCGGUGGCAUUAGCCACGGGGACUGUCGGAUGGGGUCUCGCCAAUUCGGUCAAAGACAAUUCCGCCAGUUCGGGCUUUCUUCCACUGGGUGGCGGGCUGCUCUCCACGGAUGGCCAAUCUCGCCCGAUAAACUACGCCACCAUGGCCGAGAUGGAGCAGGCCCUGAAGGAAAUUCGACAGGAGCUGAGCGGCGAGGACAUCAUCUCCACAGAUCCGGAAGACUUGCACGCACACGGGUAUUCCGAAUGGUCGUCGACCAACCCUGACGGUCUGCCAGUUGCCGUCGCAUACCCCCGCUCAACAGAGCAGGUGUCGGCAAUUGCCCGGGUGUGCUUCAAGUAUAACGUUCCCAUCAUCCCUUACUCGGGAGGCUCCAGUCUGGAAGGGAACUUUUCGGCGCCUUACGGGGGAAUCAGUGUCGACUUCGCCUUCAUGGACCAGAUUCUCUCGUUCAAUAAGGAUGACAUGGACAUUGUCGUACAGCCUAGCAUCGGAUGGCAGGAUUUGAACGAGAAGCUCGCCAAGAUGGAGAGCGGUCUCUUCUUCCCCAUUGACCCAGGUAAGAAAGGGAUCAACGCCGUGUUUCUGGUACCGAGAUCUCGAUGGCUGACCUAUAGGAAAGGCCCAAGUGCGAAGAUUGGCGGAAUGGUCGGUACCAACUGCUCGGGAACCAAUGCGGUUAGAUACGGCACCAUGAAAGACUGGGUAAUCAACCUCACUGUUGUGUUGGCAGACGGCACCGUGGUCAAGACGCGACGACGCCCGAGGAAGUCGUCUGCUGGCUACAAUCUCAACAGUCUGUUUGUUGGUUCCGAAGGAACACUGGGACUUGUUACUGAAGCGACGCUCAAGCUCGCGGUGGUUCCUGAGGACUUCUCGGUUGCAGUGGUGACGUUCCCGAGCAUUAGGGAUGCCGCGGCAGCAGCAGCAGAAGUGAUGCGGAACGGCAUCCCCGUGGCGGCCAUGGAAAUCAUGGACGAGGUCCAGAUGAAGGUUGUCAACAUGGGCGGUGCAACGGCCCCCCGUGUUUGGCAGGAACUUCCGACGUUGUUCUUCAAAUUCUCGGGUACCAAGGCCGGCGUCAAAGAGAAUAUUGGUCUCGUCCAGAAGAUUACCAAGGGCCACAAAGGUGGGAACUUCGAGUUCGCCAAGGACUCCCUGGAGCAGAAGUUGCUGUGGUCUGCCCGUAAAGAGUCCCUGUGGUCCAUGUUGGCACUGAGAAAGGAAGGAGAAGAAGUUUGGAGUACGGAUGUUGCGGUUCCCUUCAGCCGCCUGGCUGAUCUGAUCGAGAUCAGCAAGAAGGAGAUGGACGACAUGGGCCUUUUUGCGAGCAUCCUGGGCCACAUUGGCGACGGAAAUUUUCAUGAGAGCAUCAUCUACAACCGGACGAAUCCCGAAGAGCGGGAGAAGGUUGAAAAAUGCGUUCACAACAUGGUGAAGCGGGCAAUCGACAUGGAGGGAACGUGUACCGGCGAGCAUUCGAUCGGUUGGGGCAAGAAAGAGUCACUUCUCCUCGAAGUUGGCCCCGACACUCUCGACGUGAUGAGGUCGAUCAAGCGCGCGCUGGAUCCAAAGUGGAUCAUGAACCCUGGCAAGAUCAUCGACAUUCCCGAAGGCUCGAGAACGAACUUGAGCGUCUAG